AUGAGCAUCCCUACUAGUUUUAAGGGACUGAGGGUUAAUGUUGAUAGAGGAGGUAAGAUUGGAAACAAAACCCAGAUCCAGUUUCCCCAGCCUGAGGAUGAUAAUGCCAAUCAAUUGUCUUUGAUUGGUGAUCAAGAAGGACUGAUAGAAGGAUAUAGCACAAGCUCCAUUCCUCCUUUGGUCUCUCAGAGUGAAUCUCCAGACAAGUUAGUAAUCUGGAGCUCUGAUCAACAAUGCAUGGAACCUGAGGUCAGAGAGAUUGAGCUUUUAGAGUGUCAGGAGAUACAUACAUUCUCAGAAAACAGGGAUAAGGAAGAGGGGAAUGAGGAGGACAACGAUGAAGGGAGUUUAAAAGAUGGAAAGGAUGAGGGUCUCAUGUCCAUAUCCUCCAGUUCAACUGCCAGCUCUGCUUCAAUUGGCAUAAGGAGAAAUGACAGCAACAAAGUGGAGGGCAGAAUACAGAAGGGGAACGAGGUGCAGAAAAGAAGUGCCUGUCAUAGUAUUGAAGAGUUGGACACAUGUGUGACAGGCUCAAUAGAGAAAAGAGGCAUGAGGUCAGGCAAGGAGAGUUGGAAGGGAGGUCUGAAGGAGUCCAAGUCUGAGACAAAUGUAUUUGUCUCCAGUCUGUCAACCAUUUCCCUCAGCGGGAGCUUGUCAAGUGCUCUGGAUAGUAGAGAAGUAGCGCAGUCGCUCAUCUCUCUGUCCAACCCUGAAACUAACCCUUAUCCCACUGCCAAUAACUCUACCUCAGCCCAGACAAGGAGAAGGACAGCCCCUGUAGACGGCAACCAAAACUCCCCACCAUUGCAUCCUCGGGAGAAAUAUGACUGUCCUCAAUACUGCAGCCAGGAUCCGAGACAGGAGGAGGGAAGUCAUCAUACAAAUGGAUUGUCCUCUGAUGGGGGACUGGGUCAAAGGAGGAAGGCUGGAUUUGAGGAGAAGGUGUUGCCACCACGACGGCAACAGCUCGUCAGACCCCUGUGUCAAACAGAGAUGGGAAGAGCAAGGAACUUAGCAGAGUCCGGUGCUCAUCAAGUUGAGAUAGGGCAAUCUACUUCCCUCAACCUCUCUCCAGAUUCUCAUAAUAAUGGCUCAAGCAGAAAGUUUACAAAAUCAUCUUUACGUGAACCAUCAGAUUUCUCCCACCUGUACAAUACAUCUGCUGUCACCCAGCCCAGACAGUCCAACCAGACAGCGCAGAGGGAGGCUUCACCUGUGGAAAAGCAUCUGGCUGCAAAUGCACGGUGGAGUUCCAGUCCCUCCAACCCUUCCAUUUUGGAGAAGAGACCACAGACACAGCUGACAUACAAACGGAAUUGCUCCAGUUCCAACAGGACUGGGGUUGAAUCCAAGUCAUCUACCCCUCCCCACUCCCCUCUCAGGACACCCCAGGGAUCACCACGCAGGCAAACCUCCAUGUACUUUGUUUCCAGGAAUGUCUCUGGAGUGGUUCGACACAUCCCUUCAGGAUGCAACCCUGCUGUAACGUCAGCUCAGGGCUAUGGCAACAGUUGCUUGAGAGCACCAGUCAAAACUAACAUAAGCACAAGUGGAAUCCCCAAAGCGCCUCUUAACAACCAGCAGAGUUCCACCAACUCUAACCAUAGCUCCAGCCCCAAAGAGAGCUCCUCAUCACCUACACUUAAACCUAAAGGAGUUCGGCCCAAAAUCAUCACCUAUCUCCGAAAGAAUCCUCAGUUUAAACCUAAAGCUGCAGAUGAACCUUAUCAGGUAUCCUCUCUCCCAUCCAGGCUCUCGGCAUAUACACAUGGCCAGGCACCCACUUCCUUCAAAGACACCACUAAAGACCUCCCCAAGCCUGACGCAGAAACCAGAGGAGUCCCAGUUCUCAUUGCCUCCAGUCUGUUCUGUGACAAGCCGGAGGCAGCGGCAGGCCCCUGGCCUCUGGCCGAGGGCUGCGGCGGGGGAGCUGUCACCAGGACAGCUACGGGCCCAGCCAAGGGCAGAGGACCCAGUCAAGGUCAGAGAUCAACCCUGGUUUUCAGCCAGCCAAUCCUACCUGUCAGCCCAGCAACCAGUCAGAAAAGCCAAGAUAAGACAGAUGAUCAGGUUUUCACCCAUUAUGCUCCAGCCCCUCCUCCUCCUGCUUCAGCGACAGCAGCAGUCCAGCUUCAGGCCGCAGGCUCCAGGUCUCUGCUUCCCAAAACAAGUCAGUCAGGCCUGCGCCCCCCAAGCUUCAGCUCCAGCCGCCUGGCAGCCUUUGGCUUCGUCAGGAGCUCCAGCGUGUCCUCUGUGUCUUCGGUUCAGUCUGCUGACAGCACACAAAGUGACCCAUGCAGGACGGCUCACCGACUGAGUGUGAGUGAGGAGCCUCCUCUUCACAGAGUGACCACCGGCCCUCCAUCAACAGAUCACCAGAGAGUAGCACCAUGCCGCAGCAACAGCCUCCAGCCGCCUUCCACCCCGGCCCUGCCCCGGCGCUAUCUGCCUCCCCAGCCAAGAAGCUCCCCUGGAGUUGGGAGGAAGGAAUUUCAGCGGAGUUCAGAGGUCACACGUUCUCUCCCAUCCUCCCCAAAGAGGCUGGCAGUGGUUCCUCCUAAACCUCAGUCCCCGGUUCAGUCUGGGCAGCGGUCUGCAGCGGCAGUGCGAGGGUCAGCUCCCCCGGGGUCCCCUCGCCGCGUGGCCCCCCUGCGGCUGCAGCAGGAACAGCAGGAGAACCUGCAGAGAGAGAAAGAAGAGGCUCAACAGAAAGAAAGAGAAAGGCAAGCACAGGAGAGAGAGAAAAAAAAAGAAGAGCAAAGGGAGGAGGUUCAGAGGUUGCAGAGCCGCUGUGAGCAGCAGGAGAGGCAGCUGAGAGUUCUAAGAGAAGAACUGAGGAAGACUUUGCUAGGUCUAGAAGCCUUCAUCAUCACCACUCAGCAUUACUGCCUCAAGAAUAAAACUGCAGAUGAAAAUCAUAAGAAAUUGUCCCUGGAAAUUCAAAAACUCAGACAGGAGAUGGUCUCCAGCUCAGUGCAAUGGGAAAGACUCCAGCAGGAAAAGACAGCCCUGGAGGUGGCAUUUGAACGAGAGCUGCAGGAGCUGCAGCUGCAGCAGGAAACAGAGCUGGCUGCUGUGGAGGAGGGGCUUAGGAAGUGUCACUUGGCAGAGACUGAACACCUGAAGGCGGAGCACCGGUCAGAGAUGGAGGAGCUGAGGACGCAGCAACAGGAACAGGUGGAGGAGAUAACAGGCACCCACCAGGCAGCCAUUCAGGAGCUCAGAGACAUGCACAACAUCACCAUGGCAACACUGCAUGAGGAGCACGCCCGUACCAUGAGAGACUUAAGAAAAGCUCAUGACCAACAGAAGAUGCUUCUAGAAGAAGAUUUUGAUAAACUCAGGCUUUCUCUACAGGAUCAAGUGGAUACACUCACAUUUCAAAACCAGAGUCUGAGGGACAAAGCCAAACGGUUUGAGGAGGCUCUGAGGAGAAGUACAGAUGAACAGAUAAUUGAUGCUUUGGCUCCAUACCAGCACAUUGUGCAAGAUCUGGAGAGCUUAAAAGAGGUUGUAGAAAUGAAGAACCAGCAGAUACACCGGCAAGAGAAGAAGAUAUCUGACCUGGAGAAAGUGGCCCAAAAAAACGUUUUCCUUGAAGAGAAGGUUCAGGUUCUGCAGCAGCAAAAUGAAGAUCUGAAGGCUCGUAUUGAAAUGAAACUAGCCCUAUCCAGGCAACUGUCAGAAGAGAACGCCAACCUCCAGGAGUCUGUUGAGAAGGAGAGCACUGAGAAGAAGCGUCUGAGCCGGAACAACGAGGAGCUGCUGUGGCGUCUCCAGACCAGUCCCCUCAUGUCCCCCGCUUCCUCCCCUCUGCACCGGUCCUUCUCUUCCUCUCCUGUCCCCUCAUCCCCGUUCUUCUCUUCCUCACCUACAACAGGCUGCGACUCUCCCACUCACUGCCACAGCUGUCCCCAGCAGGUUCAGUACUCCUCCCCCUCCCACCGAGUUGCCGCAAAUCAAAAUCUCUCCCCGGGACCAGCUACACCCACUCACAGGGCAGCAAGCAAUCAGAAUUACUCCCCUGGUCCAGCCACCCCCACACACAGAGCAUCGGCCAAUCGCUGUAACUCAGUCACUUGUUUCAGCUCAUUACAGAGAUAAACUCACAUCAUUCUUUUUCCAUUUUCUUAUCUGGCUAAUUUUCCACCAUUUCCAUCAUGCUCCUCUCUCCUCCUUCCUCUUUGAAUGUGAAUCACACUGUGGUACAUGCUGGAGACAGACAAGUACUCUGGUUUCUAGUCAUCACAGGAUAAACUGUACAGUCUGUGUCAAAGCACUGAGGUUAUAGUCUUGACCUUGACAUGCAGCUACAGUUGGUGGUGUCCAUCAUGCCUCAACCUUAUAGUGAUAUAGAAUAUAAUAACACAGAUACAUACUGUAAAGGAAAAUGAUGCAAAUGACUGCAGCUCAGUUCAAAUGUCCCAGAUCCCAACUUGUGCUAAUACAGAGUCUUGAAAUGUCGAGUGUAUAUACUGUAUGAUAGAGACACAGUUAGUGUUGACAUGUAGUUAAAGCUCCUCUGCAUGGGUAGUCAUGAGUCUCACAUCAACAGAAAUAUUAACAGAUGGAAGGUUGCACAUUUUUGUCAUAAGAAAACAAUGAUAUAGUGUGAUUAAAAAUACAGCCAUGUCCUUGAUAAAAUAAGCUAUCUUCUUUCCCACUGGGAUUGGUUUUCAUAGUUAGUCCUGUUUAAAUGAUGAAUUGUAAUUUUGAGGUUUCAGAAGAAAUGUUUUUGUUUUUCACCUGAAAAAAUUCCCCCCCAAAAAAGCGCCUUAUACCUUUUCCUGCAGUCUCACCAGCAGCGAACGACCAACGUUUGUUUCAUAAACUUUGCAUAAAGAAUUGGUUUGUACAGCAAGUCAGAGCAAAUCAUGUUUCUCCACCUCCUCCAGGUGUAUUGUACAGUAUUUAGUUCAGUGCUAUAGUUUUACUUGUGUGGAACAAUCCUACCUGACACCCCAGCCAUUUCACUUAAAAAAUAUAUGUCUAAAGUUUUGUAAAGCCUUGCCAGGUCUUCCUACAAUGAGCUACUCUUCGCUUUUGGGAUCCCUCAGGUCACCUUGCAAAAACUACGUCUGCCAUUGUGUAUUUACCUCAGUGGGAAUGUGCUGUUUGUUGUGCCUGCAGCUCAACAGCAGCAACAACAACAAAAACACACAGCUACCAGGGAGCUCAAAGCUAAGCGAGAAACCAAGCACAGGAAUCCCUGUUUAAAAUGUUGUGGAUUGCUUUGGAAUGUGAUAUUUAUCAAAUUUAUUUGUUACAUGUAUUUUGCUACUUAGGCAAGCAUGUAGUGUGAAAGUCUUCCAGUGUUAAUGUGCAACUUUUAUUAUUGCUGUGAUCUGUUCAUCUUUUAUGUGAAGGAAAUGAAUGGAGUUUGUAACUUUGAAAAUAUCACCUAUAGAUGCACAAGUGGAACAUGUGACAUACCCCAGGAGGCAGGAGAUAUACAGCAGAUUUUACAAUUUGUUGUCAUCACGUGUAUAAAUAGUGUUCAAGGGACAGUCUUUUGAUAUGAUAGGAUACAUGAUAUAAGAGUUUAUAAGCUAUCUAGAUUAAAAAAAAAAAAAAUACAGGUUAACCCUCUGUUUACCUCUUUGUGAUGUACUAGAUUAGUGGUGAACCUUCAUAAAUGGCAAAUUAUAAUUUGCGUGUCCACUGUGGUCUAGUAACUAAAGUUUUUUCAUCUUCCCAGAUCGCAUGCAGGCCCCAAAAAGCCCCCACUGCCUACAUGUACCACAAUGGUUGGAAAACAUUGGCGUAAGGGGACAGAAGGCAGACCCUCAAUUCUAAUUAUGUACUGGAAUGUGCGCAGGUCCCUUGUCCAUGUUCACGUACUCACGGGGGUACGCGCAAAGCAUGAUUAACCUUUAACCUCUUCUGAUUCUGCUUGCAUAUCUGAAUGACACGUUAUUCUUGGAUUUUUUUGUGGUCUGAUGUUUUGCAAUCACACUGAAUUCUCAGUGUGUGAGAACACUGUAUAUUGUUCAGGGAAUUACUUUCCAAAUUUAGAUUAGAAACACCUUCCGUUUUCUUUUGUAUAGCCUCUCUGCAGAAAAAUGCUCUCAAGAUAUUUCUCAAAAUUCAACGGAGAAACCAACCUUUGGUAUGAAAAAAUAAGAUUUGUUUUAUAGUAUUUAGUAUGUCAUAGCUGCCUCCUGUACUGUACUCUACUGACCAAGUCACCCUCAGGGUCCUAAUCUUUCAUCUGGCUUUCAGUCAACACUGAAAACACAGUAUUAAACAAUGGAAUCUCAGUGAUUUACUUGCACAUUAACAAACAAAGCUAAAGUUGUUCAGACCACACAUGAAAAUGAGCUGCUGUAAAUAAACAAGGCCAGUGGAAAAGAGAUGAGGGUAAGUCUGUAUACUGUAUAACACGUAUACUGGGGGCAUGGGUUAGGGUUUUAAUGUAAUAUUGGUAAAAGUUAAGCAGAUGCAUGGGGGUGGAACAAUAUCAAGGCCUACCCAGGGCCUUGAUAUUCUUUGUAUCGCUCCUGGUCACUUGUUCCGUUAAGUUACAGGUUGAGUAAAUAUAACCUUUUACCAGCAUGUAAAGGAUGUUUCUAGGUUACCAGUUUUUCAGUAAUAAACUUUUAAGUAGAUCUUUCAUUGCUAUACCAGCACUUUUAAUGUUGUGAAAAAGUUUUAACAUUUUCAUGGAUCUUAAGGAUCCAUUCCUUUUUUGUAUGAUAUGUACACAGGGUUAAAUGUUCUUAAACAAAAGAAUGUUGAGUACAAAAUAGGAUUUGAGAAAAGUAUCUCAAUUCUCACUGAUUUUAUACCACCACUGAUGAUUUUAAGAAUGUCUUUGCAUAACAGUCAAUUGUAAGAAUAUAUCAACCAGACAGCCACUGUGUUUUUAAAUGUUUAGGAUAACAGUUGACAGGGUCCUCCUAAAGGUCGCUUCAGGUGCAAAUAAUACAGUCCACAAGGAUGCAACAAAAACUAGUGUUUACAAAAGGCAGAGUAAAGUUACAGAUUUCAUAUUAAAGUAGUAUUUCACAGACUAUGAUUUCUAGACAAUGAAGUGGUAGUUUAAUGUCCCCUCAAUGUGUCCUGUGGACAUCUGUCUCACUAUGCGCUGAAUGUCAACAAUGUAAUGACGGCAUUUGAUAAAAGCCAUUCAUGUGAUUUUAUUUAAUAAAGAAGCACCUCUUGUCUGACCUUUAUGUAGCAGCCAUUUAAUAUGUAGCACUUGGUUGAGCCUCCCAACAAGAAAUAUGGGUAAUGUAUCUAUGUCAUUAGGAAAACAUCCAUGCUGAUAUUUAAAUGUCUUUGUAGCAAAUGUUUCUGUGGCUUUCAGAAAUAGAGGUUGAAUUUGUGCAGGUAAGCUAUACAAUUGCCCUAUGUGGAUUUGGUCCAGAGAUAAAGUUUGCUGGAAAUGAUUGUAUGUUUGAAUGUAAAUACAUUUACAACAUGAGUCGUGUCUUAGUGCACCAACAAAGUAAUAGAAGCAUGUUUUUCCUGUCUUUACUGUUUCUCACUCUCCCUUUCUUUCUGCAUUUGUGAUGGUCAAAAUGUAACCGUAGCAUAGCAGGCUUAGAGGAUGAGUAAUGAGACAGUUCAAUGUGUAACGUGUACACAGCAUGUUAAUGAUUUCAUUUGUACUUUUUGGAAGAACACAGUAUUAAAAAUAUUCAAGAAAAGUUACAUGCCCUA